AGUGCCAACAGGUUUUCCACUCACCUGUUCUUCGAUUUUCCGCGUUGAAGAUGAUGAUCCACGUUACAUUCACCCUCCUAGCCUUGAUGGUAGUUUUUUCUUCGGGUGUACCGAUGUUCAACAGGAAAGAGGAAUAUCUGAGGGAACUAGCAGCAAUAGAUAAGAAUGGAGAGUCUAAUCAACCUCAGAACUUCGUUGAACAUCAUUUUUCCGAUGAUGAAGAUGAAGGUCAAAGGGAAAAACAUGACAGUAGAGUUUUUAUUAUAACAAUAGACAAUGAUGACAUACUGAGGACUUUAUUGAAGGAGGACAUUCAGCUACACAGAUUUUUAGAAGAAGAAUCUGAUUUGAAUGGUUUUGUGGAUAAAAGAACAGAACCUUCUAGUGGAGAUUUGUUGAGAAAGAGGGCGCUGGAUAGCAUUGGUGGAGGAGCUCUCUUAGGAAAGAGGUCAUCGGAUGGAGAGGAAAAUUUGCGAAAAAGGGCAUUAGACAGUAUCGGAGGUGGUGCACUUUUGGGGAAAAGAUCAUUGGAUAGCAUUGGAGGAGGUGCAUUGCUUGGAAAAAGAGCAUUAGAUAGUAUUGGCGGAGGAGCCCUUCUAGGGAAAAGAGCAUUAGAUAGUAUUGGUGGAGGAGCCCUUUUAGGGAAAAGAGCACUAGACAGUAUUGGUGGAGGAGCACUUUUAGGGAAAAGGGCGUUGGACAGUAUUGGCGGAGGUGCUCUUCUAGGGAAAAGAGCUUUAGACAGUAUUGGUGGAGGAGCACUUUUAGGGAAAAGGGCGUUGGACAGUAUUGGCGGAGGUGCUCUUCUAGGAAAAAGAGCUUUAGACAGUAUUGGUGGAGGUGCUCUGUUGGGAAAAAGAGAUCCGGAUAGUAAUGAGAGGGUUGCUCUUUCAGAAAAAAGAGCAUUAGACAGUAUCAAUGGAGAAGAGAAACGAUCAUUAGAUGGUAUUGGUGGAGGUGCUCUCAUAGGAAAAAGAGCAUUGGACAGUAUUGGUGGAGGAGCACUUUUAGGGAAAAGAGCAUCGCACAGCAGGUUUGGCGGUCAUUCAAGGGUAUAUCCAGAAAUCGAUGAACGAGAAUUAUUGUUCAUUGAAUGAAAUGUAACACUCCAAAAUAAAUUGUAUGAAUUUUAAUAUUAGGAUAUUAAAUGGUUGUUUUGAAAUAAAUAAUUUUAUGAUUUU